AUGGUCGCAGACGCUCUGGUUUACCACCCUGCCCUGGCGCACUACCUGCGCUUUGUGGCUACAACGGUCGGCCGAGACAAGCUCCUCCGUACCCUGCAAUACUUCUCCCGCUUCUAUGCCUGGUAUCUGUAUCGCACCAACCAGCCCGAAACCGCGAUUGCCCCAUACAAUGCAGUCAAGAAGCAGUUCGGAACAACACGAAAAAUCCUCAGGAUCGGAAAGUUCGUCGAACACCUCAAGGCUGCUGCUCUUGCGGCCGAUAACAAGGGCCCAAUCGACCCUGUUCUGCGUUAUCUGGCCAUCGGUCGCCAGCUCGGAUAUGCUGGUUACCUGACUCUCGACACAGUGAGCGUUGUUGAUGCUAUCGGUUUCCGGAAACUCGAUGGUGUCAAGCGCAUUCAGGAGUCGGCUUAUCGCUCCUGGUUCUCUGGGCUGCUCUGCAGCGUGGUUGCAAGUGUUUACACCUUGUACAGGCUCGGCGAGAAGCAGAAGACCCUGGAUCUGAAGGAAGGCGAAGGAGUUGUAGAGGCGAAGAAGCUCGAGAAGGAACGCUCCGCUGCUCGCAUCCAGCUCUUUUCGGACCUCAGCGACUUGGUGAUCCCAGCCUCCGCCAUUGGUCUUGCGAACUUCGACGAUGGACUUGUCGGUAUCGCAGGUACAGUCAGCAGUUUGAUUGGCUUGUGGAGCCAGUGGCGAAAGACUGCUUAA